CCCCGAUCAAUACGAAAGUCAAAGGCAAAAUACAUGUGUUAUGAUGAAGCAAAAAGAGAUACUUUCAUGCUCAGCCAAGCAAAUGCGUCACUCUAUUGAUAAGUAGGUGUCGUUAUUAUAUUGGACGAAAUUAUAACACUUUUAUCAUCAUGAAAAUGCAAGUGCGCAUUGCGUUAAUGGAUUUGAUAGAGAAUUCUUAUUUACAUUAUAUGGAUAUACAGUUUUAAAAGUUUAAAAUAAUACUUUGAAGUAUCAAUUUCUUACCGUUUUCUGAAGAACCAUCAAAGUUAAUACAAUAAUAUAGGACGGUUAAAUGUAUUUAGAUACGAAAAAAAUAACAAUGGUUAUUAUCGUGAGUCAGAAACGGACCAGUUCACACUGAAUUUUACGAAGUGCGUAAAGUUCUAUUUGAAAGACGUUUUAAACUCAUUUGAUAGAGUAGGAUUUACAAGUAGAUAUACAAUAUACAGUGUGAGAUAGGUAUAUAAAGACUCUAGCUGUGUUUUCUGUGGAUUAAAAUCGGAUACUGAAGGAACUACGAAAUGGAUAAGAAUAGUUCGGUAUAUAGGACUAGCCGGCGGAUGAUUACCAUCCAAAUCAUUGUGGAUUUCAUAAUAUGGCUUGCAGUAUCCUUGCUAGUUUUGUACCUAUUUCUGUAUGGAAAACCUUAUGAGACAGGAUUCUUCUGUGACGAUAAAUCACUCAGUUAUCCUUCAAUACCAGAAACCAUAACCACACCCGUACUAGUAGCAGCCGGGUUUACUUUCUCUAUUUUACUGGUUGUUACAGUCGAAGUUUUAAAUUGUUUGGACAACAAAUGUCAAAGACCAUGUCAAUGGGCAAGAGAUAUAAUAUUUUGUGUGAAGAGUUACGUUGUGUUUAUGAUUGGCUUUCUCAUACAAGAACUCGUUGUAGACGCCGUCAAAAACAAGAUGGGUGUGCUCAGGCCUAACUUCUUUGACGUGUGCAAACCGCAGUUUAACGGGACUUUAUGUCCAGGAUACAUAUCUGAGUACACAUGCACCGGAAGUGAACAAGAUAAAGAAAUCAGAAGCAGUCGGCAGUCCUUCCCUUCGGGUCACUCAGCAUUUUCUAUGUAUAUAGCGGCAUAUUUUUGUAUUUACGUAGAAAAUCGUUUGCAAAUACGUUUCUCACGUUUACUAAAGUUCUUUCUUCAAUCUGGUCUAAUAUUCAUUGCAAUACUCUGUGGCAUUGGACGCAUUAUAGACAACAAACACCAUCCUUCUGACGUCAUAGCAGGAUAUAUAUUAGGCAUCAUUGUCGCUGUAUUUGUGCAUCUGAUGGUUGGAAAAAAGUUUGUGAAGGCACCAAAUGUUAAAGAAAAGACUACGUUACACACAAAGGAAAAAUCAUGCGACUGUUGUUGCACGUGCGAACAAUCGUCUGACUCGCAAACACCAGCAACUUUAUUACAAAAUGAAUAUUACCACAACAUAGAAAAUGAAAGAAAUUCAUCAUCAACAAAACUUAUAGCGCUUCAAAAUAACAACCUCCAAAAUAUGUCAGUGACGCCAGAAAUCGUAUGACAAUAAUGGCGUCCGUAGCAAAGCGCAAACUUAGUUUUGAAAUAACUUGCAACGUGUAGAAUAGCAGUUGUGAUAGAUAAUAAAGAGUUACAAGUGUCAUAUCUCAAACUCGACAAGAAAAAAAUCUUUGCCAUAUUGCUUUACGAAUAUAUUAGAUAACCAUACAAGUAGUGGCAAAUACGUUGUUAUACGCCAAUUGGAACUUCUAACACCCUCGAUAUUUUCUCAGUAUGUUUCAUAUUACAAGAAAUGCAUUUUUGAACUUUCUCGAACGUUUAGGGCGACAUUUUACUUUGAAAUUUCAACAAAAUUGUAUGUAGCAAUGACAUCAAUUGAUUUAUUUUACCGCCGAUACCUUUUUUAAAAAGUGGCAAAUAUAUUCCUGAAUGUCUUUGCUUUAACUAAACGUUCAAAUAUCAUCUAUCAGGAUAGCUGGUGGUAGAUGUUAAAUCAUUUUUGAUUAAUGAUCACAUAUAAAUAAAAUCUGUCAGAUCUUUUAUUAGCAGACGCGCCUGUUUAUAUGAUGUAUAUUAAAAUGUGCAGCACCCUUUACGCCUGCUAGCAUUGGCUUAUGCGGAAUUCUAUUAUCCAUAGACAUUGAAUGGACUCAAUGAUCCCAAAGGACCACUAAAUCACAUUUUAUUGUUUUCAAAGGUACGGCCGGGGAAAGAAGUCAUUUUGCGUUUGUUAAGAUGCUUUUUAUCUAAACGAAAUUAGUCAUUUUGUUUAUUACAGACAUUUAUCUGUAUUUUUGUGAUUGUUAAAACAUUGAGUUGAGAUUGCAAAAUAAAUUAAAUUUUCAAUUUCGUUGAAAUUUGAACAGAUUGUUCUAAACAUGUGAGAAAUUUAAUAAAUAUACUGUUUGCAAUAUGAAAAAUAUUACACAAAUAUGGCGGGGCCGUUAGACUUUUCGUUCAUUGUAUAUGUAUUUAUAUUAUCACUUUACAUUGCUUUCGUAUGGCUUUCUAGUUUUAAAUAGUAAAUAUCGAAAACAAUACUAGUAAUUUAAUAGGA